AUGGUACAGGUAGAGAAAUGGAACCGCCGAGACCAGAAACUCCUAGAAGCAGUGCAGCGGGGAGAUGUGAAUCGGGUGUCUGCCCUAGCCUGCAGGAAGACCGCCCGUCCCACCAAGCUUGACUCUCACGGCCAGUCCCCGUUCCAUCUAGCAGCAUCCAAAGGGUUGACGGAGUGCCUAAGUGUACUAUUGACAAAUGGGGCUGAAAUCAACAGCAAGAAUGAGGAUGGAAGCACCGCCCUGCACUUGGCCACUAUUUCUUGCCAGCCUCAGUGUGUCAAGGUCCUGCUACAGCAUGGUGCCAAUGAAGAUGCAGUGGAUGGAGAAAACCGAAGCCCCCUACACUGGGCUGCGUCAUCUGGCUGCGCCUCUAGUGUAUUGCUCCUUUGUGAUCAUGAAGCUUUUCUGGAUGUUCUCGAUAACGAUGGAAGGACACCUCUGAUGAUUGCAUCACAGGGUGGACAUGCUGCCAUCUGUGCCCAGCUCUUGCAGAGAGGUGCCCGGGUUAACGUCACAGACAAGGAAGACAAAUCAGCCCUGAUCCUGGCCUGUGAGAAGGGGAGUGCAGAGGUGGCAGAAUUGCUCUUGAGCCACGGGGCAGAUGUAGGGGCUGUGGACUGCAUGGGUCAUGAUGCCUUGUACUAUGCUCUGCUUACCCAAGACAAGGAACUGUGGAGAUUGCUACGCCAGGCUCUGAACCGCCGCCAGCGUGGAGGUGAGAUAAUCUAGACCUGACCUUCCUCCAUCACUCCUCAUCCUCAAACCAAUUCUUCUCACCGAAUUCCUAAACCUUUAGUGGGCUCCCCACCUAAUUGCCCAAUAAGAGCAGAGCCAGAGGAAGAGGAUGACAAAGAGGAAGGAGGUGAGGAGCUGCACAGCCCUCAGGAAUGGAGGAGGAAGUAUGAAGCAGAGAGAAAGAAAGUGUUCCAGCUGGAGCAGGAGCUGGUAAAAAAGGCAGAAGAGUGUCAGAGCCAGGCUACAGCCUGCCAGGGUCUGGAGAGUCGAGUGGGAGAGCAGGUUCAGGAGCUAGCCCUACUCUUGGCCAAGGAGUCCAGAGACCCAGGUGGGCAAGGUCUCAGUCCACGGCCUGGGGGGGAUGGCAUGGAGCAGGGCUGUGUCCUGGACCUGUUGGUGGAACAGGUGCAAGAACUGAAGAGACAGCACCAGGCUGCCAGAGGGCUCCAGUGUGAAAGCCAGGGGAAGGCCCAGCCGGAGGGGCAGAGGCCCCCUCUGCAGAGUCCAGAGGAGGAGGCCCCAGGGAAGACCAAGGGAGAACAGCUGGCAGAGGUGCCUGGAGGAGUCGUGCCAGGUCAUGGAAGUGGAGAUCCACUGCUUGCCCUGAGAGAGGAAAAAAGGAGGACUCCCGGGGCUGAGCCCGCAGGCAUGGUGGCCCUGGGUCAGCUCCUGCUGCAGCUGAGGGAGGAGCUGACUGCUGUGUGGAGGGACAAGGAUGCUGCCAGAGGGGUCCUGGGCAGACCAGCUGGGAAAGGGGUCUGGGGCACCAGCCAGGCCGAGGCUGCUGCAGCCGCCUGGGAGAAGAUGGAAGCCCGGCUAGAACAGGUGCUGGCCAGACUGGAUCGGGCCAAAGCCGGGCUGCAUAUGGAGAGCCCAGAGGCCCCACAGGGGGCUUCCCGCCAAGGCCAAGCCGCCUUGCUGACGAGCCCAGCCCAGGAAGGCAAGGCAAAGGAGGAGAGGGCCCACGAAGCUCGGGGGGAGCCCCUCGGAGCUCCGGAGGGCCCUGGGCCCAAGGGCCAGCUGGAGAAGGAGGUGUCCGCCCUGAGGCUGAGCAAUAGUAACCUGCUGGAGGAGCUGGGUGAGCUGGGCCGAGAGCGCCAGCGGCUGCAGGGGGAGCUGCAGGCCCUGGGCCAGAGGCUGCAGCGGGAAUACAUGCCCAGGCCCGAGGCUCAGGGCCAGCUGCAGCAGCUGCGCAGCAGCGUGGGGCUGCUGGCCGAGGAGCUGGCCGCCGAGAAGGAGGCCACGGAGCAGCUCCGCCGGCGCCUGGAGGCCCAGAGCACAGGUCUGCAGGGGCUGAGGGAUCGCCUGCCUCCCGACCUGAGCCCCCAGGGCUCGGCCUCAGACCCCCUGGAGGAGCUGCAGGCCUGCGUGGGAGCCCUGGUGGCCAGGUAUGAAGAGGCGCAGCGGGAGAUGACCAACCUGGAGAGAGAAAACCAGCGACUAAAGGGCGGCUGCCAGGAUGGUGGGGCCCCCCAGGCUGUCCCCCAGGUAGCUGCCCUGGAGCAGGACCUGGGCAAACUGGAGGAGGAGCUGCGGGCUGUGCAGGCCACCAUGGGGGGGAAGAGCCAGGAGAUUGGGAAGCUGAAGCAGCUGCUGUACCAGGCCACCGAGGAGGUGGCGGAGCUCCGGGCGCGAGAAGCGGUCAGCCUGAAGCAGCAGGAGAAGAACCGGGCGUCCCUAGUGGCCCAGGCACAGUCGUGGGGCCAGGAGCUCAAGGCUUUGCUGGAGAAGUACAACAGCGCCUGCAGGGAGACAGGCCAGCUGCGGGAUGCUGUGGCCGAGGAGCGGCGGCGCAGCCGGGAGCUGGCUGCCCGGGCCACUGAGCAGGAGCGCCAGGCCAGGGAGAUGAGGGGCCGCUCGGAGCAAUUCGAGAAGGCUGGUGAGUUGCUCAAAGAGAAGAUGGACCAGCUCAUUGCGGCCUGCAGAGAAAAGGAGGCCAAGAUUAAGGAGUUGCUGAAGAAACUGGAGCAAAUGUCAGCUGAAGUCCUUGCUGUUCGUGGGGAAAAUACCCGCCUGGUGCUUCAGCUGCAGGAUUCCCAGAAGAACCACCAGGAAAUCAUUUCCACCUACAGGAACCAUCUGCUUAAUGCUGCUCGGGGCUAUAUGGAACAGGAUGAAUAUAAGAUCUUGCUUCGGAUUCUCAAGAUGCAGGAGUGAGUUCCAAUGGCCAUUGCUGGAUGAGAGACUUCUCUGCUAAGGCAAAAGCAGCAUCAGAGGCCAGAACCAUGGCCUUGGUGUGGUGGUGGGGCUGGCCGAUAGCAGUGGUGUGGGCUGGGCUUCCCUAACCUGGAAGACCCCAGAUCUGAGAAUCUCGACCUUGGAUGCCAGGACUGAUGGAAAACAAAAGCAUGGAGGAAACCAGCUUUGUGGAAAAUAAAGCAGAAGCCAGUAUGGUGUUGGA